AGUGUUUUUGUCGGGUGUCACCAUGGUGAUGUCCACGUUCCAGAAGGUGACGCUGGCCACGUGCGUGGUGCUAUGCGUUGCCUUGCUGCUUCCCAGGAUGUUGUUGUCUCGCGGGAGGAAGGAUGCGAGUGGUACUGAAGGGGGUCACUUUCCACCCAUGGUGCAUCGUCACAUGGCCCCUGAGGCCCGAAGCCAGAGGGCGGGGUCGACCCCCUCCUCCAGGGCCCACAAGACGGAGGCUGUUGUCGCCCGCGCCAAAGGUGCGGGAGCUGGAGCUGGGCUAGGAACGGCGGCCAAAUCCAACCUGGCCGGACAAAUAAUCCCCGUCUACGGAUUUGGAAUUUUACUGUACAUCCUUUAUAUCCUCUUCAAGAUUACGUCAAAAGGGAACAGUCAACCUCCAAUAGGCAGAUUCUCCUCAUUGCGCUCAGAGAACACAAAGCGGAAGAUCACUGACUUUGAACUUCUUCAGCUACAGGAGAAGCUUAGGGAGACAGAGAUAGCAAUGGAGAACAUUGUAUCCAAAGCACACCACAGCCCUGACAGGGACAAUAAAGAAGUAAAUGUGGACCAAGAGAAUCUCCUUCAACAGUUGACAGAAAUCACUCGCGUGAUGCAGGAAGGCCAGCUGGUGGAAGGCGUGGCAAGACCCAACACCCGGCAGCGACCAUGGGAAGAAGAUGAAGAAGCAUAUCCUCACGACUUGUGGGAGCGUCCUCGCUGCUGCUGUCAACAUUCUCCUCGCAGAGAAGACGAUCAGGAUAAUCAUUCAGAGAACGUUUCACCGGACACACAAAAAGCAGAUGACGCUGUAGGUAAAGAUGGCACAGACACAGAGAGACAAGAGGAUGACCAAAGUGAGAAGAAGCAGAGGCAAGGUGAAGGUGAGGAGGAGCAGCAGAAGAUCGAACUGGGCGUACCUGAAGAGGAGCUGCCAGGUGUGCUGAAGGAGCUGGAGCUCACCUUGAAGAUGACGUCGAAUCUGGAGCAAGAGACAGUGAACCGUCUAGAGAUGCAAGCUUUUAACGGGGGCGGGGUUCAAGUGAGACGGCGGAACAGAAGAAGAAGCAAGAAGGAGUCUCAAUGACUCUUGACUUGGACUGAAGAUAUUUCUGCUUCAGUGUAUGCAAAUUUCACAUCAUUUUACUUUGUUGAUAGCAAAUGCAAAAGGUGGCCAUUGAGGUCCAUUUAAAGCAGAGGUGUUCAAAUAUUUUCCUCUGAGGACCAAGCCACUAUCAAUUCUUUAACUCACUUCAACCAAUCUAUCAAACUAUUAUGCAAAUACAUCAGGAUUUUGGCAUGGCCCACAGUCGUGUAUGCACUAAAAUAAAUCCGCACAUGCACCUGAGUCAGUUAAUUGAGGAUCAUUGUGAAACAGUUACGAGUUGAGGAACCAUUUUUCCUUCUCAUCUGAAACAAUUACAACAAUACAGAUAUUGUUACAAUUUUAGUUGUAAAUGGUUUCUCAGUUUUUUUAAUCGACAUAUGAAAGCAAUUAGUAUUAUAGUAGCUGUCAAGGGUGAUGCACCUCCCCACCCUAAAUGAAUACAUACUGUAUAGCCUAGAAACAAUUUGGAAGGUGGGGUGCAAAUGGCUUCCAGAGUAGUUUGGACUAGAGAUCGACCGAUAUGGGAUUUUCAAAUGCCGAUGCCAAUACCGAUAUCUAAAUUUUUUUCCAGCCUAUUACCAAUAUCCAAAGCCGAUUUUGUAAGUUGAUAUUUGAGGCCGAUAUACUUUUUUUUUCAAAAGCACGUAGAUUAUGAAAGACAAAAUUCAACUGCUUCAAAUUUACAACGAUGACCUGAGACCUAAAGGAUUAAUUUGGUCUAGUGCUACCAAACCAAUGAACGCAGCACUUCUUUUUUAUGAUUAUGCUCACUCCGCAAGAACAGUACAUUAUUUUUAAAUAAUUGAACCCACCAAAACAUCACAACGAGAUGUAAACAAGUGAGAGUGUAAGAUUAUAAUGCCUAUUUAUAUAUAUAUAUAUAUAUAUUUUAAGUAAUGUAUAAUGAAAAUAAAGGGCUAUUCUAUUCUGUUCUAAAAAGAGGAUGCUAGCAAUGCUAAUGCUAACGCAAAUGCUACGGGUUACAUUUAGAGUGUAAGGAUCACACAAUAAACAUCUUAAAAGGCUAAAUCAACAUUGCAUAUUCUCUUAUGCAAGAUUAAAAAAAAUCUUACAAUAGUGUAUUUACAAACCAAGCAAGCCUGAAGCUUCCUAUAGCAGCCUGCCUUCAAACUGCUGCAGGGUCCUUCCGGGGUCCUACCAUCUGUCAGCGGCGGCCACAGUUGCCCACACAGAUGCCUGAUAAAAAUCAUUUUUUAUCGGCUUAUUUACUGUAUUUAUUUUUUGGCCGAUGUUGAAAAAAAGUCCAUUUGUUGGUCGACCUCUAGUUUGGACACAAUUUAAAGUGAAAAUAACAGAAAAUGCACAAAAUUCCUGAUGUCAUUGUAUGGAAUUGUUAAAAAAUGAAGCACGUAUAUAUCCUUUGUUGUGGAUGAUUGGGAUAUUGUUGUUGUUGUUUUUUUAACGAUGGUUUGUACUUGAAACAAUAAAGAGAUUUUCUGUCAUUAAAUGCUUUUGACAAUGCUGUAGUUAUCCCACUAAUCACUUAUAGUGCUGCUCAAAAGUAUUGGCACCCCUGGAAUUCUGACAGCUAUUGUUCAAUUUCUCCCAGAAAAUGAUCGCAAUUACAAAUGCUUUGUUAGUAAUAUCUUCAUUUAUUUUGCUUGCAAUGAAAAACCACAAAAGAGAAUGGAAAAAAAAAUUAAAUCGGAAUCAUUUUACACAAAACUCCAAAUAUGGGCCAGACAAAAGUAUUGGCACCCUUUGAAAAAUCACGUGAUACUUUUCUAAUUUGUGUAACUAACAGUGCCUGUUACCUACCUGUGGCACGUGGUGACAAUAACUAAAUCACAUUUGCAGCCAGUUAAAAUGGAUUAAAGUUGA